CGUCCAUUGCUGUCUUUGUCACGUGAGAUUUCGACGCAACAACAUGGCUCCUAUCAUCAGAGUGUUGGGACAAAACAUCUUCGGGUAGCUACUGCUGUGCUGCAGAUGUCUCUUGUAAAUAAUGCGUUCUUCGCCACCAGAACAAGACUGGAAUUACUGUGCAUGACAAAGGACAAAUUAUUGACUGUUCGAGAGGGAAAUUAUGGGACUUGUUAUUAUAUGAUCAACUGUUAAGCAGGAGCUGGAGGAAUGGUGAACAAGCUGCCAAGCACACCCUAAUCCUUACGAAGUGUAAAAUGGCAUGAGCUUUACUCUCCAAGAGGAAAGCAGUGAUGUUUGAAGAAUAGGAUAAGUGUCUAUCCUGUUGAGCCACAAGACGACAACAUGGAGUGGCUGGCAGCGGCUGUGGACAGGGAUCUGGGAUUGGAUCAGCGCCAGCUGGGUCCAGGACCACGCCCUCAUGAACUGGUAGCCCUUGUUCCAAGUCGCUGGGUGAUGGGAUUAAGAGAGCGGAAAGUAACCCGGUGUGCACGCUUCGAUGCCAGUUGCGAGGCAGAAAUCCCCAUUCUCCUUCAACGUUCCCAGGUGAAGUUACCGUCAGGCUGGACCCGGGUGUGCAUCCAGGGGCUUAGGAAGAGUAAGUUGGGCUAUCGUUUGGCAACUGACCCUGGCUACUAUGGUGAGGGACUUUCCCAGGACUCCUUCAUGAAGGCGAUGUGUGGGGUAUCACACAGCAAUGUCAGAAACCUGUGGCGUGAGGCUCACCGCUCCUUUGUACAACCUUAUGCUGGCCUUGUGGAACACACACAAGUGCAGGCUGUUGAUGCAGUGCGACAUGCAUUGCAGAAGGUCUUUCGCGUCCCCUUCAUGUCAACUGACAGGGUCUCCCCAUCUCUGUCCCCUGGCAGGGAGAAGGAGAGGGAGAAUCUGUUCUUGUCAAGCUCUGCUGCCCCCAAACAGAACACUGACAGUCUCUGUCCAAAUGUGGUCCCUGCAGAAGGCUUGCUGGAGUCAGGAGAUGUGCUGUUUGUGAUCUUGCCUUACACUCAAUAUUCCCUUCACGACAUUGUAUCAUACAGCCCAGCCAAGCUUUCCAACAGCCACGCAAAAGUGUUGUUCAUUCUGUACCAGGUGCUCAUUGCUAUGCGGGCUUGUCAGGCCGCUGGACUAGCAUGCGGUGAGUUAUCUAUGAUGGACAUAGCAGUAGAUGAGCAGCUCUAUAGUCGCCUAAGGGUUUCAUUGGCACACUAUGAGGAGCUGGGCGAACACAGAGACGCUGCUGACUACAGUACAGGUAAACAAGUGCCAAGAAGUAUCGCAGUGAAAGACAACACAGUCGUCAGCAGCGGUGUCAGUGGACACCUAUGCGGGGAUUGUUUUGAUGAGCUCCAAUCUCUGGUCUUAGACUGGGUCCAUGGUCGCGUCAGCAACUUUCGGUAUCUGAUGGAAUUGAACAGACUGGCUGGAAGGCGGGAGGGGGAUCCAAACUAUCACCCAGUCUUGCCAUGGGUUGUUGACUUUACUGUGCCAUAUGGAAAAUUCCGUGACUUGCGGAGGUCUAAAUUCCGUCUUAACAAAGGUGACAAACAGCUGGAUUUUACUUAUGAAAUGACCAAAGAAGCCCUUGCAGCAGCAGCUAAUGGAGGAAGUGGAGGCAUUUUCUCUGGAGAUCUUGGUGUGUCAGUGGCAGCUGUUGGCACAGGGCAAUCCGAUCACCUUCAUGUGCCCCAUCACAUCUCUGAUGUGUUGUCAGACAUCACCUAUUAUGUGUACAAGGCGAGACAAACCCCCAAAUCUGUUCUGUGUAGCAAUGUGCGAUCCCAGUGGGAACCCAACGAAUAUCCAGCCAGCAUGGAGCGAAUCCACAGCUGGACCCCAGACGAGUGCAUCCCAGAGUUUUUCACAGACCCAACCAUAUUCCGCUCCAUCCACCCAGACAUGCCAGAUCUAGAGGUGCCUCCUUGGUGUAAUUCAUGUGAGGAGUUUGUGGAGGUUCACAGACGCCUCCUGGAGAGCCACGAUGUGUCUCAGCAGUUACACCACUGGAUUGACCUCACAUUUGGCUACAAGCUGUCGGGAAAAGAAGCGGUUAAAGCCAAGAAUGUAUGCCUGCACCUGGUGGAUAACCACACUAAUCUCUCCUGCUAUGGGGUGGUGCAGCUGUUUGCCCAGCCUCAUCCUCCCCGCCUUGCUCCGUAUCAGUAUUCCCCACCAGAGCCCCCUUAUCUUGGGCCUGCAACUGUUCCUUCAUGGCAAGUCCCAUCUGUUGCAUCCGUAGCAGAUGUUGUGGAUGGAUCAGUGCCAGAGACCACUGGCUGUGAGUCCAGUGCCUGGACAAUGGUUGACCGCGAUGAUGACCUUGAACAGGGAAUGGAAGCGCUGGACUCUUUAGGUGCACCGUCAGCCACUCCCUCGUCAACAACGUCCUCUGUUCCAGUUCCAUUAGUGAACCCUGCUGUUGGAAAGGCAAGUUUAGAGCACUCAGCGAUGGCAGUGUCUCCGUCACCAAGCUCCCUCCCAACUGAGAGCUCGGGAGGCAUCACAAAUGCUUUAGGAUCUGGCAUUCGAAGUGCCAUGAGAGGUGGCACUAACAAGAAGCAUGGUGAGAGUAGUCAAAGUGCCCAAAAUCCAGAGGAUUUUAAAAUCACUUUGCCGGAGGGAUUCAGCCCUCUGCAGCCCUUAGAGGAGUUGGAGAAGCUGAAUAACUUCCUUGUUAAGGGUCUGCAUGCACAGGUUUCAGACUUCGUUGGGUCCCACAAACAGAAGGAACAAAUGCAGACAGCACCAGUGUCACUCACAGACCUGUUUCAGAGGGAUAUGCAGGCCUUGGGGGUGCUCAUUGCAGAGAUUUUCUGUUCAUCCAAGCUGCGAGGGAUAAAGUCAGGCUCUCCCCUGAGACAGCGUUUCCAGGCUAUCGUGAAACUGUGCUCUGCCAGCUUCAGGGAUGUCCCAUUACCAUUGCAUCAUGCCCUGGAGAAUCUGCUGCAUAUUGAUAGGCACUCCUACUCAGACAAUUUGCACUCCUCUACGUACCCAUUACUGUUCAAAUAUGAUCCUGUUUACGAGGGCCUUCCGCCACCAAACCCCUGGCAGCUGCUCAGCCCUGCUCUCUCUCCGCUGCCUUUUCCAACAUAUUUCCCCUCCCUGCAUAAGUUCAUAUUCUCCUACCAUUCCAAGAUGGAAACUCCCAGUAGCGCUCAAGGUCGCGACAUUGUGUUCCACUUAUGGCAGCAGCUUGAGACAUUGCUGCAGGGGAACAUCACUGCGGAGGGCUUGGAGAUCCUUCUGCCCUUCGUGCUCACAUUAAUGAUGGAAGAGUCCACCGCAGUGUAUGCUGCUUGGUACCUCUUCGAGCCAAUUGCUAAGGUCCUGGGCCCACGCAAUGCUACUAAGUACCUUCUGAAGCCACUGAUUAGCGUGUAUGAGAAUCCUUGUUGUCUGCGCGGCCGUUUCUACCUCUACACUGACUGCUUUGUGCUACAGUUGAUUGUACGACUCGGACUGCAGGCCUUCCUGUCCAGCCUCCUGUCCCAUGUUCUGCAGGUCAUCACAGGCUUUGAGGGCUGCAGCAGAAACUCUGGCUCUACCUGGGGGGGAGGAAAAGCCCUUAGAGGUGGCGCUGGUCUGGGAGAGGAUGAGGAGGAGGAUUACGAGUGUGACAAUGGCACAACAUCCGCAGUUAGUGCAACAGGAAAGACCGUAGGUGGCAGUGGCGCCGUCAGUGGAGGGGUAGGUGACCCAGGACUGGUGGACUUCUCCUCAGGUAUAAGCCUAAAUGACCAGGUCUUCCUUUCUGAGGGUGAGGACUUCCAGAAUGGUUUCUAUGACAACAACGGAACUGCUGGGACUUCAGGGGAAGUUGGUCUCCCUGGGAAACAACUGAACAGUCAGAAUUCUGCAAGUAAAGACACAGACCAGGAAUCCCUCAGUGUAGGGAAACUGAGUGACAAGAGCAGUGCCAGUGAAGUUUCCAUUGGAGAUGGAGACUCAACCAGGGACCGUGCUAGUUUGAAAUCUGCUGACAGUAACCAGGACUUCAAGCAGGCUAGUGAUGGGGAGGAUGGUGGAGAACUAGAUGAUGAUGAGGACACUGUGGAUGGCACAGUGCAAAGAGUGCCCAGCCCGGGGCUUACAGUCUCUGGCAGUUUGGAAGAGUCCGGGGGCACGGUGGUGACACUGGAAGGAGAGUUCCUGAAUGGCAUGGAGCAAGGGGAGGCAGAGAAACAUCUGGUGGAAGAGGAGCCUGACUCUUCAGAAGACUCCACAGAAAAAGAGCACAAGAUCCUGCUUGAUACUGUAUGCAAGACAGUCAGAUGGCUUUCUGCAAAGCUUGGACCCACAGUUACCUCCAGAUAUGUGGCCAGAAACCUCCUGAGGUUGCUCACGACAUGCUACGUUGGACCCGAGAAGCACCAGUUUGUCCAACCUGUGUCAGAAGAAAGCAGCCUUGAGAGUGCUGGCAGUGUGUAUGAAAAGAAACCAGUGGUUGGGGACCAGACAGCUGGCCCAGUCUUAGACUGCCUCAUCUAUGUGGCCCACCUGUAUGGGGAACCUGUGCUGACAUACCAGUACCUGCCCUACAUUGGUUACCUGGUGUCCCCACCCCCCUCCUGUCGUCUCAACACCAGGAAAGAGGCGAGUCUGCUGGCGGCGGUGGUGCUCACCCAGAAGAUCAUCGUGUUUCUCUCAGACACCACUUUGAUGGACAUGCUGAUGAAGGUCAACCAGGAGGUCCUCUUACCACUGCUGGACCUCCUGACUUCUCCUCAGAUGGGCUUUCCCAGUGGGGUGCAGACACGCUCUGCUUUGUGUCUGAAGACCAUCAGUCUCAUGGCAUUGAUCUGUCUGCGCAUCGGCAGAGAGAUGGUACAGCAGCACAUGGCGACCACGCUCUGCAGAUUCUUUGAGGUUUUCUCCCUGCUGCAGAUUCUGCAAGCACAGGUGGAGACUGCCCCCCGCAGGGAGGUGGGGGAGUGUAUAUUUUUGGAUGCUCACAAUCAGCAUGGUGAGGAGGUCACCUGUGAGCUCCGGGUCCUGGAGGAGCUACAGGCUGUGUUCAAUCCUGAAAUGGCCUAUUCAUCCUAUAUUCCUUUCUACUGUCUUAUUGGUGAUCCAGGGAUUUGCAAACUGGUACCCAACCAUGAACUGGUUUGGCGUCUUGGGCAGUCGUACCAUGAUAAGAUCAGCCCAGGGAGCCCAGACCCUAACUCAUCCGCAUGUCCCAGACCUGAGCAGCCCUCCACCUCUGUUGGACUGUCCCCAGGCUUGGGCCGACGAGUUGGUCGCAGCCCCUUCCCUGCCCCUGCCUCCACCUCCACCCCACUAGGGGGAGACAUCCUCCCAGAGUCGGGCACCUUCGGCAGCCACCUGGUGGGUAACCGGAUCCAGGUCUCCCGGGGCUCUGAGACGGGUGCGAGCCCAAACUUGGCCUGCGUGGACAACUGGGGCCGUGCACAUCCUGCUCACAUUCCUCCAGUCACCACCUCCGCGUUGAGCGCGUCCUCCACUGUCCCAUCCUUCUCCGUCUCGUCCUCCUGGGUGCUGGCCUCCACGGCAGAGGACAGCGCUCUCAAGCAGAACCUGCCCGUGAGCACGCGAGCCCUCCAGGGCAACUGGCUAGCCUACUGGCAGUACGAGAUCGGGCUCAACCAGCAGGACCACUUCCACUUCCACCAGAUCCGACUGCAGAGCUUCCUGGGCCACUCGAGCACGGCCAAGUGUCUGGCUCCGCUGGCAGGGGAGGACUACUUCCUGUCGGGCAGCAAGGACAAGACGGUGAAGCUGUGGCCAUUGUAUAACUAUGGCGACGGCACCAGGGAGAUGGAGCCCCGGCUCACCUACGUGGAACACCGGAAGUCUGUGUUCUACGUGGGCCAGCUGGAGGCUCUGCAGGAGGUGGUGAGCUGCGACGGCACUGUGCACCUGUGGGACCAGUUCACAGGCAAGCAGAUCCGCUCCUAUGAGGCUCUGGAUGGAAAGAACCCCAUUACAGCCGUGACGGCCAUGCCGGCCCCUCAUUGCAGCGUGGUGUUCGGCAGUGCUGACUCGGUCCUCCGUUUCAUCGACCCUCGCCAACCAGGCCUCCAGCACGAGUUCCGGCUGGCCUACAACAACAUGAGCGCGGGGCUGAUCCGCAGCCUGGCCGUGAGCCCCGGGGGACGCACCGUGGCGGCCGGCUUCUCCUCUGGCUUCAUCGUGCUGCUGGACGCGCGCACUGGCCUGGUGCUGCGAGGCUGGCCUGCCCAUGAGGGAGAUAUCCUGCAAAUGAAGGCUGCAGAGGGAAACCUGGUCAUUAGCUCCUCCUCUGACCACACCCUGACUGUGUGGAAGGACCUGGAGCACAAGCCUCUCCACCAGUACCGCGCUCCCUCAGACCCCAUUCACACCUUCGACAUGUAUGGUGCCCAGAUCAUCACCGGCAACGUGGCCAACAAGAUCGGCAUCUACUCCAUGAUGGACAUCUCGGCCAGCCCUGCCAGCCUGACCAAGCUCAGCUCCGAGAAUUUCCGCGGGACCCUCACCAGCCUGGCUGUGCUGCCCACAAAGAGGCUGCUUCUGCUGGGCUCAGAGAACGGCGCCAUCCGGUUACUGGCUUGAAAGCCAAAGCCCUCAGAAGCAGCAGCAGCAGCAGCCUUGGGCAGUGGUUCAUGAGUGUCCCUCUCCCUAAAGCCUGUCUCCUGUGCCAGCUGUAGCUCCACCUCGGUUAGGAAUGAGACUUGGUCUCUGGAUGAGACCAGAGGAAAUCUCAACUUUCAUUGUUUUGGCUAAACCAUGGAGGGCAACGUUACACUUUGAGCCUUUCAAGCCUCAUACAACAAGGACCUCACUUAGUAUCCUUAGUAUCAAAGCACUGUCGGUGACCAAAAUAGCAUUUGUAAGAGAAAACCCACAAUCAAAGAAAGCUCCACUAGUGAGAACAUGUAAUGAGUCAAAUAGUUUUAUGAUUUCUAUUUUUAAGGUUUAUCUUUAGAAAUCAUGACUGCAGUUACUAAGGUAUAUGAAAGUCCUAUCACUGACUGGGUUGAAUCAUCUUUAUCAGAAUAGAUCGCAAGAACUGCUCAGGAAAGAGGAGCCGAGCUGAGGUGGUAAAUGGUAGUGUCUACACUCUCCAGUCAGUCUGAGAACACCAAAAAACAAAAUCAGAGAAAUGGAAAACAAACACAAGAAAGACACUGUGAGAUUCAUGGACUUCAUGUCUCCUGGUAAUGUUACAGAAGCUCCAUAUGCACUCAACAGCUAUGCAGUAUUCACACAUAAAUAUUUUUAUUUUUCCAUUUACCAGACACUCGUCUUUUAUUUCAUUUCUAUGAAUCCUUGUGCAAUUUAGUGACCUUUUCAGUGGUGUUCAUUGGAAGGGGGGCCCACUGUGUCUUAUUCAGUCACGGCGAGAGACUUCGAGCGCUGGUGCCAAGGCCACAUGGACAGCAGCAGCUGACUCUACUACACCACGAGGGGUCCAGCUUUAUAGCUCUGAUGCUACAUGCUAAAGCCUGUUCCAUGCAGCAGAUAUGCGUUGAAUCACUGGGGUUUAGAACUGCACUCACUGAUAAGGCUAGAUGGUGUGAUGAAUCCAGAUUUCAAUGUUUUUUUAAAUAUGAUGUUUAACCUAAUCAGUUCAGAGUUUCUGAUUUGCAUUGACACAACUUUAGGAUCUAACCCCUUGCUUAACUGCUACUAAAACACACAUUUUUUUAAUAUUCUGCCAGCUGUUGACAAAUAUUUCAUCAGCACUAACUGAUGCAAUCAAAUGUACUAAUGUAGUAAACUUUGUUUACAUGUUUUGUAGGCCCUCUAAAUAAUAGCAUCAUGUUGGAAAUAUGCAGUUCAUAUCAAUCCCCCGACUCCUAUAAAACAGUUCUGUUAACAAUCGUCUAAUAUAUUUGCAAAGUAGGACAGCGUUUGUGUUGACGUGUGAGACACAACCACCAGUCCCCCAACCACACUCUCAAUACCCCCUAAGAUGACUGAAGUACUGUUUGUAUCCACUAAAGAACUGUUACUGCAAGGCUAGAAAAGAUGUUGAAGGUCUGAGUAGAAUCAUGCCUAACAGUUCAUGUAAAAGUCUGCACUGAAACAAACACAUGUACUUAAAAACAAACAACUUGUGUGUCUGUUAAUUACAUAAAUUGAAGAGAAAAUGCACCCUUUAUAAUGUCAUAGACCUGAGAAUAUAUUUUGAAUUUUUAAUGUUGCCCUACACCUCUUUGUAUAUCUUAAAGCAUAUUUAGUGGUGGUUCACCAAUAGAAGUAUUUGUAAUUCACACAUCAGAACCUCUCUGGUCACACAUGUCAGCCUUAAAGCCCAGAAUUAUGGAAGUACAUAGGAGUCAUUGUUUUCAUGUUCAUUCAAGCUUUUACAUUUUAACCUGUGAUUUUUCUAUCUACCAAUAUCAAAAGAAAAUAAACUGAAAUGACAGUUGAAUAAUCAUUUAAUCAGAAGAAAAUUAUGUUUUUACAUGUCAAGCUGUUUUUGAGCACUCAAAAGAUCAAAACAAGCAAAUUCUUAUUUUAUUUAUUAACAGGUUUAAUAAAGUAUUACCUCUUCAAUUA